AUGUCGAGCAACUUCAUGAUUUGGAACGCCCGGGGGGUCGGGAAUGCAGGCACACUGAGCACGCUUAAGCACCUAAUCAAAACAUACAGAAUAUCCGUUGUGGCAAUUAUCGAGCCUCAGGUCUCCCCUCAACCCAACGUUCUUAAUAACAGGCUGGGGUUAGUCUUUAGGGGCAACAACACUAACGAGCAAAUUUGGAUCCUGUCUCAAGAAGAGGUGCAAAUUGAAAUUCUGGAUUACUCGGAACAGCUGCUUCACGUCCGAGGUACAUCCCGACAAUGGCCAUCACAAUGCUAUAUAGCGGUAUCAUAUGGAAAGUGCACACGUCGGGGAAGAUAUCCUCUAUGGAGUAAACUACGAGAGUUGGCAGGGGAAAUGGAUGGCUUGCCCUGGCUGGUGGGGGGAGACUUCAACACCUUGACAUCGGAAAUAGAGAGACAAGGGAGAUCAAAUGGCAGAUAUAGGGAAAUGCUAGAAUAUGUUGAAACAAUCGAAGAUUGCCAACUGUUGGACCCUGAAAGGAGCGCUGAAAAGGAGCGCUGA